CUCUCUCCUGGGGAAGUGAAAGUGGAGGGAAGGGCACAGCCCGGAGUUAGCUAGCUGUGCCCCGACACCCUGCACCCCGCUUGCUCCCGCGAGUUGGGAGACCGGAGGGAAGGCAGUGUGCCCUCCCUCCCACUCGGGUCACGGGGCGACCAGCGCUGCUGCCGUCACGUCCCCGGCCGCCAGCGCGCCCGCUUCUCUCUGCGCUCCUGCUCUUUCCUCACCUACUCCCGCUCGGCGCGCUUUCUGCCCCAACCCGAACUUCCCGUCACCCGGCUUGUGGGCGUUGGGACCUGGAGUGGCGCUCGUGCCCCUUGCCAACCCCUGGGAGAAAGGGCUCGCUUCUGCAGGACUCCCCCCCUGGCUCGGCGACGGGAGGCCCGAGUGCGCAGAUCCUGCGGAUGAGGGACACCCUCUUGCCCCGCUGCACGUCCCACCUAAUAGAUCCUGGCUGCUGCCUGGGACACAGGGCUCCCAUUCGCCUGCAGUGGAAGACGGACGGGCUCUGCUCCAGAGCUAAAUCAGGAGGCUGACGCUGACUCCCGGCUUCCACCUCCCAGACGUGGAGGCUAAAUUUAGCGGGAGUUGGGGUGUGUGUGGCCAGAGGCCAGGUUAAGGAGAGAGCCAGGCUCCAUAAGAUUCCCUUGCUCCCUCUUCCCCGGGGAAGUAUGGGAGGUUAAGUAAGACUGUGCCUCCUGAACCCAUCUGAGCUUCCUCUGCCCUUCUCGGGGUCGUUAGUCUAAGGUUCUGACUUGGCAUGAUGCUGUAUUGGCAUCUUAAACAGUACCAUCACCACCAGCACCACCACCACCAAACGCGCGCACACAGACACACACCCAUAGGCUGACUUCCGUUGAGCUGCAGCUUCCCCUCCAGUGUUUCAGGAAGUCACCUCCCUUCCCCUCUGAAGCAGCCCCCACGCCUCCGAUCCUCUGCUGCAAGCCACCCACCAAGCUUUUUCCCAGCUUCUCCACCCUAGGGCCCCCAGGACCUCUGGGACUCCUACUGUCUGGGGUUAGGCCAUGGAGGCAGAUGCAGUGAGUGAGGGGGGGGCCAUGGCGGAGGAGCGGCCCCCCCGGCUGGUGGACUACUUCGUGAUAGCUGGGCUUGCAGGGAACGGAGCCCCCAUCCCAGAGGAAACGUGGGUUCCUGAGCCCAGUGGGCCCCUGCGCACCCCCCGACCAGCUGAGCCCAUCACAGAUGUGGCCAUCAUCGCAAGGGCACUGGGCGAGGAGGUGCCCCAGGGCUACACGUGCAUCCAGGCUUCUGUGGGGGGCCACCCCUUGGAACUCAGUGCUGGGCUCCUGGGUGGAACUCAACCUGUCAUCUGCUACCGCAGGGGCCGUGACAAGCCCCCCCUCGUUGAACUGGGGGUGUUGUAUGAGGGGAAGGAGCAUCUGAAGCCUGGCUUCCAAGUGCUAGACACAACACCCUACAGCCACUCAGCUAACCUGGCCCCCCCAGGCCCUGGGCAUCCCCGCACCUACCUCACUUACCGGCGGGCAGCUGAGGGGGCAGGGCUGCAUGCCCUGGGCAUCACCGACCUCUGCUUGGUGCUGCCUAGCAAGGGCGAGGGCACUCCUCAUACUUACUGCCGAUUACACCGCAAUCUCAACCCUGGCAUGUGGGGCCCAGCAGUGUACCUGUGCUACAAGGUGGGCCUGGCCAAGGCCAACACACUGGUGUAUGAGGCAGAGCUGCUGGGCCGCUACCCAGAGGAGGACAAUGAGGCAUUCCCGCUGCCUGAGUCAGUGCCUGUCUUCUGCCUGCCCACGGGGGCCACUGUCGAGUGCUGGCCUGCCCAGACCAAGUACCCCGUGCCUGUCUUCUCCACCUUCGUGCUCACGGGUGCUGCCGGUGAUAAGGUGUAUGGUGCCGCCCUGCAGUUCUAUGAAGCCUUCCCGAGGGCCAGGCUGUCGGAGCGGCAGGCACGGGCCCUGGGCCUGCUGAGCGCGGUGGAGCGGGGCCGGGCCCUGGGGGGCCGAGCUGUGCGCAGCCGCCGCGCCAUUGCCGUGCUGUCCCGCUGGCCAGCCUUCCAGGCCUUCCGCGCCUUCCUCACCUUCCUCUACCGCUACUCCGUCUCAGGCCCCCAUCGCCUGCCCUUGGAAGCGCACAUCUCCCACUUCCUUCACAGCGUUCCCUUCCCUUCCCCACAGAGGCCCCGCAUUCUGGUGCAGAUGUCUCCCUAUGACAACCUGCUCCUCUGCCAGCCUGUGUCCUCACCCCUGCCCCUCAGUGGUGCCAGCUUCCUGCAGCUGCUGCAGAGCCUGGGCCCUGAGCUGGCUAUCAUACUGCUGCUGGCUGUGCUCACAGAGCACAAACUACUAGUCCACUCGCUGCGGCCGGACCUGCUCACCAGUGUCUGUGAGGCCCUCGUCUCUAUGAUCUUCCCACUGCACUGGCAGUGCCCCUACAUUCCGCUGUGCCCGCUGGUGCUGGCAGAUGUGCUGAGCGCCCCUGUGCCCUUCAUUGUGGGCAUCCACUCCAGCUAUUUUGAUCUGCACGACCCGCCUGCCGAUGUCAUCUGUGUUGAUCUUGAUACCAACACGCUCUUCCAGAUUGAGGAAAAGAAGCCCCUCUCCACCCGGACCCUGCCCCGCAGACCCUACAAGGUUCUGCUCGCCACACUGACAAACCUGUACCAGCAGCUGGACCAGAGGUUGAGGCAAGCCAUGUGGGUGCCAGUCCUGACUCUCAGGCUGCCCUGGUUGCCAGCAUAUACUGGACCUGAGGAGGAAGCAUCCCUGGAAUUCCUACUGACAGACUACGAGGCGGUGUGUGGCCGCCGGGCCCAGCUGGAGCGCGAAGUGCAGGGAGCCUUCCUCCGCUUCAUGGCCUGUCUGCUCAAGGGCUACCGGGACUUUCUGCGCCCGCUCACCCAGGCCCCUUCUGAGGGUGCUCGUGAUGUUGACAACCUCUUCUUCCUGCAGGGCUUCCUUAAAUCCCGGGAGCGCUCCAGCCACAAGCUGUACUCCCAGCUGCUGCGCACGCAGAUGUUCUCUCAGUUCAUCGAGGAGUGCUCUUUCGGCUCCACUCGGCACGCUGCCCUGGAAUUCUUUGACUCUUGUGUUGACAAGGUCCACCCAGAGCAGGAGAAGCCUGAGCCGACACCCUUGGUGGAGCUGGAGGAGCUGUCGGGAAGCGAGCUCACCGUCUUCAUCACGCCUCCCGAAGAGCCUCCGGUGACAGAGGGCAGUGAAUCCAUUCCCCAGUACUGCUAUGAUGGGUUCCCAGAGCUACGGGCUGAGCUGUUUGAGUCUCCUGGAGAGCAGCCUGGGGCUCUGCCUGUGCCAGGCCCCUCCCGUAGUGCCCCCAGCAGUCCUGCCCCUCGCCGUACCCAACAGGAGAUGAAGGUCGCACAGCGGAUGGCGCAGAAGUCAGCAGCUGUGCCUGAGCUGUGGGCCCGGUGCCUGCUGGGGCACUGCUACGGGCUCUGGUUCCUGUGUCUGCCUGCCUACGUGCGGUCUGCAUCCUCCCGGGUGCGGGCACUGCACACAGCCUACCAUGUGCUGCGCCAGAUGGAGAGCCGCAAGGUGGUGCUGCCUGAUGAGGUGUGCUACCGCGUGCUGAUGCAGCUCUGCUCACAUUACGGGCAGCCUGUGCUAUCUGUGCGGGUCAUGCUGGAGAUGCGGCGGGCGGGCAUCGUGCCCAACACCAUCACCUAUGGCUACUACAACAAGGCUGUUCUAGAAAGCAAGUGGCCAUCUGGUACACCUGGAGGACGCCUGCGCUGGACCAAGCUGCGGAACGUUGUCCUGGGGGCUGCUCAGUUCCGCCAGCCCUUGAGAGAACGGCGGCAACAGCAGCAGCAGGUGGCCCGAGAGGCAGGCAGCUCCCAGACAGAUCCCUCUCUGGAGCGCCCUUCCCCUUCCCGCCCCCUUCAGCGCCAGACGACUUGGGCUGGGCGAAGCCUGCGGGACCCAGCCUCACCCAUGGGGCGCCUGGUGAAGAGCGGCAGCCUGGGCAGCGCCCGGGGAGCACAGCCCACUGUGGAGGCCGGCGUGGCCCACAUGAUAGAGGCCUUGGGGGUGCUGGAGCUGCGGGGAUCCCCCGUGCCCUGGCGUGAUGGAAGCCUCUCAGACUUGAGCCUGACGGGGGAGGAGCCGGCACCUGAAGGCAGCCCGGGGGACUCGGGCUCAGCCCUGAGUACCCAGUCCACUGAAACGCUGGAAGGGCUAAGUGGGCGGGUGCCCAAGUCUGGUGGACAUCAGGAUGAGGCCAGCACCCCCCGACGAGGGCUGGGUGCCCGCCUCCAACAGCUGCUCACUCCUUCCCGUCGCUCCCCUGCCUCUCGUGUUCCCCAAACCGAGCCGCCCUCCGAGCUGCCUCACCCGGCCCGCCGCAGCCCCAUGGACAGCCUUCUGCGCCCCCGCGAGCGCCCCGGAUCCACGGCCUCUGAGAGCUCAGCCUCUCUGGGCAGUGAGUGGGACCUCUCAGAAUCUUCUCUCAGUAGCCUGAGCCUUCGCCAUUCCUCAGAGCGCCUCACUGACACCCCUGGAUCCUUCCUGCCGCCUUCCCUAGAAAUUCUGCUGUCUAGCUGCUCCCUGUGCCGUGCCUGUGACUCGCUGGUGUAUGAUGAGGAGAUCAUGGCUGGCUGGGCACCUGAUGACUCCAACCUCAACACAACCUGCCCCUUCUGCGCCUGCCCUUUUGUGCCCCUGCUCAGUGUCCAGACCCUUGAUUCCCGACCCAGUGUCCCCAGCCCCAAGCCUGCCUUUGCUGAUACCAGUGGCAGCAGAGACGCUCCUGUCCCUGGGGGCCCAGGCCCUGUGCUCAGUGACCGCAGGCUCUGCCUUGCCCUGGAAGAGCCCCAGCUCUGCAAUGGGCACAUGGGGGGUGCCUCCCGGCGGGUUGAGGGUGGGGCGUGGGCAUACCUGAGCCCCCUGGUGCUGCGUAAGGAGCUGGAGUCGCUGGUAGAGAACGAGGGCAGUGAGGUGCUGGCGUUGCCUGAACUGCCUGCUGCCCACCCCAUCAUCUUCUGGAAUCUUCUGUGGUAUUUCCAGCGGCUGCGCCUGCCCAGUAUUCUGCCAUGCCUGGUGCUGGCCUCCUGCGAUGGGCCCUCACCCCCCAAGGCCCCAUCUCCUUGGCUAACACCUGAUCCAGCAUCUGUACAGGUGCGGCUGCUGUGGGAUGUCCUGACCCCCGACCCCAACAGCUGCCCACCUCUCUAUGUGCUCUGGAGGGUCCACAGCCAGAUCCCCCAGCGAGUGGUAUGGCCAGGCCCAGUACCUGCAUCCCUUAGCCUGGCGUUGCUGGAGUCGGUGCUUCGCCACGUAGGUCUCAAUGAGGUGCACAAGGCUGUAGGACUCCUGCUGGAAACUCUGGGGCCCCCUCCCUCUGGCCUGCACCUACAGAGGGGCAUCUACCGGGAGAUCUUAUUCCUGACAAUGGCUGCUCUGGGCAGGGACCAUGUGGACAUAGUGGCCUUCGACAAGAAGUACAAGUCGGCUUUUAACAAGCUGGCCAGCAGCAUGGGCAAGGAAGAGCUGAGGCAGCGGCGGGCACAGAUGCCCACCCCAAAGGCCAUUGAUUGCCGGAAAUGUUUUGGAGAACCACUGGAAUGCUAGAAACCUUUAGCUUCCCUCUCUAGCCUGAGGUGGGGAGGUGAGGGAGAAAGGAUUUUACCAAUAACCUGCUUCCCUGUUCCUUUCAGAGAGAGCUUGAGCACAGGUCGCGAGGCAUGCUCAGCCACAGGCUCCAAGUUGGGGCCGGAAGAGGGGCCUGCUGGUACCAAAUGUCUCACAUCCCCUCUCUCCAACCUGCCCACUAUGCUCCUGCUGUUGGAGGAGGCCUGGAGGAGUCGGCACAGCUCUGUUCCUCCCCAUCCCAUAUCAGAUGCUCCCCUCCAGGGUACCCACAGAUCUGCACUGCCCUGGUCAUUUUAUAAGUUUUUGUUUUAAAAAACAACUGGAAAGACACAGCUACUGAACCUUUGCCCUGAAAGGGAGGGAGAGAUGUCAGUCCCCACCGAAGAUGGUCCCUUUUCCUUGGAAUUGCUGAAGGAGCUCAGGCUCACCAUGCUUUUCUACCUUAGUGUUUGUAUUUCAUUAUGUUAUUUAUUCUGGAGCCACAGCCCCCUUGCUUAUGAGGUUCUUAUGGACGGUGAGAAAGAGAAGGGAAAUGGGGCACUGAGGUCCAGUGGUUUGUAGCUCCUUAAAAGUGAGGAGAUGUCCACUCCACCUUGGGGAAUGCCUCACCCAGCCAGGGCCCUGACUGUGCAAUACAGAUUGCUCUUUGCAAAGUUUUGUUGGAUGUAAAUAUAAUAAACACUGCUUCUGUCUUUUUC